CUUUUACGCACAGCGACACGAUGAGCGGCUGGACGUCUCCUCGCGCUCUCCUGACCUCCCUCUGCCUGUCUCUGCUUUUGCACUGCCCAGGCGCUGCGUCGACUUUCGAGGUAACGCUGCUGCACACCAACGACAACCAUGCACGGAUCGAGGAAACCAGCGAGGACUUGGGGAAGUGUCCAGACGGAGGUCCGUGCUUCGCCGGGGUCGCCAGGAGGUUCACCAAAGUGUCGGAGAUCCGCAAAAAGGAGAAGAACGUGCUGUUUCUGGAUGCUGGGGACCAGUUUCAGGGGACUGUCUGGUUCAACUACUAUAAAGGUGCCGAGGCAGCAUACUUCAUGAAUAAACUCGGCUAUGACGCGAUGGCUUUUGGAAACCAUGAGUUUGACAAUGGAGUGGAGGGUCUGAUAAAGCCCUUUCUCCAAAAUGUGAGUUGCGCUGUGGUGAGUGCCAACAUAAAACCUGACCAGACUCUAGAUGCAACCUUCGGCAUCCACUACCAGCCCUACACACUCCUAGAUGUUGGCUCAGAGAAAGUGGCUGUAGUCGGCUACACCACUGCAGAAACCCCCCUCUUAUCCCAGCCAGGCCCACACCUACAGUUUGAGGAUGAGGUGCAGGCACUUCAGAUUCAGGUCGAUAAGCUGAAAACCCUGGGUUAUAAUAAGAUCAUCGCCCUGGGCCACUCUGGCUUUGACGUAGAUCAAGAUAUUGCCAAGCGUGUGAGAGGAGUCGACGUUGUUAUCGGAGGACACACCAACACUUUCCUCUACACUGGAAAACCACCAUCCACUGAAGUACCUGCAGGUCCAUACCCUUUUAUGGUGAGGUCUAACGAUGGGAGAGAUGUGCCGGUGGUCCAGGCCUUUGCCUUUGGGAAGUACCUGGGAUACUUGAAAGUUACCUUUGACGAGGCCGGGAAUGUGGUGAAGGCUGUUGGGAACCCCAUCCUGAUGGACAGCAGCAUACCUCAAGACCCAGACAUCCUUGCUGACAUUGAGGAGUGGAAGAAAGGUUUGGCUCAGUACUCCUCGGAGUAUGUCGGACAGACCUUAGUCUACCUCAACGGGACGUUUGAAGAGUGCCGAUUUCGGGAGUGUAACCUCGGAAACCUGAUCUGUGAUGCUGUGAUCUAUCACAACAUCAAGUAUUCAAGUGAGCUUCAGUGGAAUCACGUGGGGAUAUGUAUGCUGAACAGUGGGACCAUACGGUCAGCUAUAAGCGAGCGCUACAGGAAUGGUACCAUAACUAUGGAGGAGAUCCUCACCGUCUUACCGUUCGGAGAGACCUAUGACUUGGUCCAGAUAAAGGGAUCGACAGUGAAAAAGGCAUUUGAACAUUCCGUUCACAGAUAUGGGAGCAUGUCUGGAGAGUUUCUACAAGUCUCAGGUAUUCACGUUCAGUACGACCUCUCCAAACCAGUGAACCAGCGUGCAGUGUCCAUUUCGAUGCGCUGCACUAAGUGCCGUGUGCCCAAGUAUGAACCAUUAGAUCUGGAGAAGCUGUACACUGUGGCCAUGCCUUCGUACAUGGUGGGUGGAGGUGAUGGCUUUAACAUGAUCAAGGACGAGUUACUGAAGCAUAACACAGGUGACAUGGACAUUGCUGUCUUCUCCAAAUACAUCUCAGACAUGAAGCGUGUUUACCCCACAGUGGAAGGCCGGAUCACGUUCAGGAACUCGGCUGUCUUCGCAGCCCACAGCCUCGGUUUGAUGCUGAUGGGUUUAUGGCUGUCCCUGACCCUCUGAUUGGCUUUGUACACUUUGAGAAACUGUGACAGACUGAAGGGCACUUUG